CUCAUAUACUCCGUACAAAAGAAUGUACUGUGACUCUGUGAGACUUCGACAUCUUCAACACAAAGCUCGAUAGUUCUUCGUAUUCUUUCACACUUCGGCGGGAAAGAUUUUUAUUUAAAGAGGGCCACGAAAUCAGAAAUCAGGCGAAACCCUCAACUCUCCUGUCAACAUUACUACUAAACAGAAGGCGAAAGGAAUCGAAGAAAAUGGAAGACAACUCGCCUGAUGUGGAAGUGGAAGAAGAGAAGGGAAGAAUAUCAACGGAAGAAGAAGAAGAAGGUCCGGCGAUAGGGAUCGAUUUGGGAACGACGUACUCUUGUGUUGGAGUUUGGCAGCCACAGCAUGCCCGGGUUGAGAUCAUCACCAACGAUUUGGGCAACCGUACGACGCCGUCAUGGGUUGCCUUCACCGACGUUGAACGCCAUAUAGGUGAAUCUGCUCAGAAUCAGGCAGCGAUGAAUCCUUCCAAUACCAUCUUCGAUGUGAAAAGGCUGAUAGGUAGAAAGUUUGGCGAUGAAAUAGUACAAAAUGACAUCAAACAGUGGCCAUUUAAAGUCAUAGCUGGUCCUGACAGUGGCUGUGGAGAGAAACCGAUGAUAGCUGUGACAUACAAGGGUGAAGAGAAGCAAUUUGCAGCUGAGGAGAUAUCAUCAAUGAUCCUCCAAAAGAUGAAGAGCAUUGCAGAGGCUUACCUGGGAAAACAAGUCAGGAAAGCUGUUAUUACUGUUCCUUCUUAUUUCAAUGAUGCCCAGAGACAAUCAACAAAAGAUGCUGGUGUCAUUGCUGGGCUUGAUGUGUUACGCAUAAUCAAUGAGCCCACUUCUGCUGCAAUUGCCUAUGGUCUUGACAAGAAAGGAACUGUAAGUGGAAGUGGUGAUUCUGCUGUGAAGAAUAUACUGGUAUUUGAUCUUGGUGGUGGCACUUUUGAUGUAUCUAUAGUCAAAAUGGAGGAGGAUGUGUUUGAAGUCAAAGCAGUUAAUGGAGACACUCACCUUGGUGGAGGAGAUUUCAAUAACAGAAUGGUGAGCCACUUUGUAGCUGAAUUUGAGAAGAAACACAAAAAAAACAUUAGUGAAGAUGCUAGGGCUCUUGGCCGGCUCAGAGCAGCCUGUGAGAGGGCAAAAAGAGUUCUGUCUUCAGCGACUGAGACAUCCAUUAACAUUGAUUGUCUCUUUGAGGGUAUUGAUUUCUCUUCAAACAUUACCCGUGCACUGUUUGAUAAAAUGAAUCUAGACUGUUUGAAAAUUGUAUGGUGCCAGUUGAGAAGUGCUUAGAGGAUGCCAAAAUGGAGAAAAGUGAUAUUCAUGAUGUUGUUCUGGUUGGCGGGUCUACCCGAAUCCCUAAGGUUCAGAAUAUGUUACAAGAUCUCUUCGAAGGAAAGAAGCUCUGCAAAAGCAUAAAUCCAGAUGAAGCUGUUGCCCAUGGAGCAUCUUUUCAGGCUGCAUCACUGACUGGUGCAUUUUUGGGUGUUAAUAAGGAUCUUGUACUCGUGGAUGUUACUCCGUUAUCUCUUGGCAUUGAGGUGGGUGUAGAAAGGCAAAUGUCUGUUGUGGUUCCAAGGAAUACAGCUGUCCCUACAAAUGUGACAAAGAAACACUACAGCACUGGGUUUGACAACCAACUCUGUUGUCAGUUCAAGGUGUAUGAGGGAGAGAUGCCCAUAGCACUAGACAACAACUUCCUUGGAGAAUUUUCCCUCGACGACCUUCCUCCACUACCACAAGGAGAGGCUAAGUUCAAUGUCAAUUUUGACAUUGAUUCUAAUGGUAUCUUGACUGUUUCUGCCGAACUGGUGGGAAGUAACAACAAGAAACAAAUAACAAUAACUAAUCGCAGCCAAAGGUUGUCAAAGGAGGAGAUUGACCGCAUGGUGAAGGAGGCAGAGGAGUAUAGGGCUCAAGAUGAGGAGCGCAAGAGAGCAUCUGCUGCUAAAAAUGCUCUAGAGAAUUACAUUCAUGAGGCGAGGGGGAUUUUGAGAGUCUGUGGAAAGAGGGUAGAGAUGGAGGAGGACAUGAUUGUUUUAGCAAAGGCAAUUGAUCAUACAGUUAAGUGGUUUGAUUGGAAUUACCUGCUUGGUGAUGCUCGCAUAUUUAAGGAAAAGAUGAAAGAGCUGGAGGACAUAUGUGAGCCUGCCAUUAUGAAGCUGCAGAGUCCGCAGCCAAGUCACACUGACGUUAAGCCUAAUUUGAAUUUGGUAGCGAGAGUUUGGAAACUGCUAACCUUUUGGCAUGUCAGUAUGCUAAUGCUUUAGUAGGCUGUUGAAUUAUGAAACCUGGUUUGUUUUGCAGUUUUUUGUCUUUCUUUGCUCUGGUGCACUCCACAAGCUUUGACUGAUUUUGGAAAGUAACACAUGCACUUUGUGUUCUUACGGAGUAUUUUUUUAAAAUCUUUUAAAGUAGUCUAGUUCCUCUCUGUCCAUGAGCAGAUGACCUAUCACAAGUUAUUU